AUGUUUGGCACGGCAGUUCUGCCGAUCGUAGCCGUGCUGCUCGUCGGGGACAUCGACGCCCAGUUGAUUCCGAAUCACGUCUCUAUCAACGAACAACAUAAGCACAUUGAAGCUGACUCCAGCUGGUUGGACAAACGUCAACAGGAAGUGCAAAGAGUAGCCCUCGAUGCCUCCAAUAAGGAGAAAGUGAUUCUUGAUCUCUUAAACACCCAACAGAGAUUCCAAGCCUCUGCGUCCGGUAACGUAGCUGCAGCUGAGACCUACGAUGGCAAAAGAGCUCAAGUGCAGAAGAUCGGAGACAAGGGUGGUAUCGCUACCGUUGACGGCCACAAAGCUCAACUGAGAACAAAAGAGGACGAAAGUGGACGGCAUGCUUUCCUAAAAGCCGACGGAAAAUACGAUCUUGACACAGUCGCUUCCGGGGAUUUGAAAGACCCUGCGAAAACCUCGUUUGCUGCCACCAAUGACCGGUUCGAUUUCAAGCUGAACCCAAAAAGUCAUGACAACAACACCGGCACCGGAACCAUCGGAUUCAAUG